AUGUCUUCAAAUCACCAGAUUAGUGAAGCGGAGAAAAAUUUCAAUCAAUCUUUGGAGACUCUUCGAGAAUGGAGCAGCCAAGAAAUCAACGUUGGUGUGAUUGGACAAGCUAAAGCGGGUAAAUCUACACUCAUCAAUACAUUGCUUGGAUAUGAGAUUGACGAAAAUGGCGACUUGCCCGAAGGUGCUGCGGAGGUGGACGAGGCUGGAGUGUGUACAACUAAGCCACGUGAUUUCCAACAUCCUGAAAACGAACGAAUAAAAAUUUGGGAUCUACCAGGAGUUGAUGGUAGUGAGUUUCUUCUCCAUAGAUACUGGCAAACAAUCAGAGCGAAAGAUUUGGCGCUAAACCCAAAGGGAGAUAUUGAAUAUGAUUUUUUCAUCAUUGCUCUGAGUGAUGUUAUAACGACAGAUGCAAACAGGCUGAUUGCAGGAGCGAAAAAGAUGAAAAUAAAGUGGUACAUAGUCAGGACUCAUAUUGAUGAGACAGUUAGGAAGGGGAAAAAACAGAAAAAACAAGAACAAAAUAUAAUUGACGCAACCAGGAGAAAUCUGAUCACACAGUUGAAAGAAAAAUGUCUGGAAGAAGGAAGUGAUUUCAAUCUGUACUUAGUUGAUGGGACAGAAAGAGGAAAAUUUGAGAUGCCGAAAUUGAGAGAUGAUCUACUGACAGACUGCCCGGAGGCCAAAAAGCUCGUGUUGCUAAAACAUGCGAAGGAAAAUGGCAAAGUUGUCGCUAAGGCAAAGUUAAGUGCCCUGCAGUCGCGAAUACCAAAAGUAGCAGCUGCUUGCACAAAGCGUGAUAAGAUUCCGCUAUCCAGUUUUUUUUGCAAGAAAAAAUCGGAGCAACUGAUCGUGGAAGAAGUUUUGUUGUAUCAACAAACCUUCAGGCUACUGAAAACAGACAUCGAAGAAUUUACUCGCCAUCACGCAAAAGGAAAAGGAAACUUCGAAGUUAUCGUCAGGAACCACUUUGAAGGAGAAGAUCCAGGGUUGACAUUCAUCCGCGACAAGGCGGACAAGCUCCGGCCAACAGACUCGACUAAAGAAGUGGAAAAUACCGCGGCAAGUAUAGUUGCACUUGGCGUACUCGGUGGUGUUGGUGUUGGUGUUGGUGUGACUGCUGUUUCAACUGGUGCUGUCAUCGCAGGUACGCAAUAG